AAGAUAUUACUUUCAAUUAUUUCAAUUACUGCUUUUAUUAAUUUUUCUCCUUCAAAUGGUAUAAAAAGCUUAUCGAAGAACAAAUCAGUUGUCAUAAGUGUGAAUUCGGUCGUUGGCAACGGAGCGGUGCGUAAAAAAAUUAUCCGUUAUUGCAAUUGGUUUCUCAAGGGAAAUAAAUAACGCAUUUUAAUAACAAUUAUUGAGUUUAAAUUAAUUCAGCUUAUGGUAGAUUGCGGUUUAAUAAAGAAAAUCUGUGCAUAAAAGGCUCUAAAAAAUACCCUAAAUUAAGGGAUUUUAAUUGAAUUUUUUUUUGUUUUUGUAAAUGCGCAAAACCAGAUUAAAUCUCACAAAAUUUUUCCAUAAAAUACCCUCUUGCCCUUUCAGAAAUCGCACGAUUUAUAAAAACUUUUCUUCGAAUAUAAGAAAUCAGCAGGAAAGAUGCACAGAGUCAUGGAAUACAUCUUUGGCCGUCGUCGCUUGGUAGUUAAGUCUGGCACCAACGACUCAUUUGAACUAUUAUUCCUCAUUUGGAAAAUAAUAGGCGUCGAACACUCGAGAUCGUACGGCUUCUUUCAGCUAUUUCAUGUCUUCUGCUGCUGGGCUUUGUUGCUCUACAGUCCUGCUGCUUACAACAUGGGGUUUCUGAGGGCUUUGAAAACUCUACCCAUGGCAUCAGCGCUGAAUAUUCUUCAAACUGAUAUUAAUGUAUCAAUUCUGCUAUUCAAAGUGGUCAUCAUUAAAUUCCACUUGAAGCGCUUACGUAGCCUUAGAGAUAUUUUCAAGCGUUUGGAUGAGCGCUAUCACAACCCUGAGGAACGCGCACAAAUAGACGAGAGCGUGGCGAUUUGCAGACGCAUAAUAUAUAUCUAUAUUUUCGUUUAUUUCACAUUCGCGUUUUUAAGUUGGAUUACAGCUAUAAUGGCAGGCGAGCUGAUAUACUCGUUAUGGUUGCCAUUUGUGGAAUUAAUACCGCACCAAGGCUGGCAAUAUUGGGCGCGAUUUUCAGUGGAGGCAUUUUAUUUAUAUUUUCUGAUUUUGGUUUGUCUUAUAUGCGAUGUCUAUCCGGCGGUUUACAUACGUGCCAUACGCACACAUGUCCAUCUCUUGGCUGGACGUAUCAGCCGCUUGGGCAGUAACCCGGAUUUGAGUGCCGAAGAGAAUCACCAGGAGUUGGUCGAUUGUAUACUGUCGCAUCAGGAAUUAAUGAGGGUCGUGGAAGUCGUUAGUGCUGUCACAUCAUUAACGUUGUUCUUGCAGUUCACCGUCGCAGCUAUGAUUCUCUGCGUGUGUAUGUUAAAUGCUCUAAUAUUUGCGGAUAGGGCCGGUCAGAUCAUGACGGUUGGUUACUACAUGGGCGUGCUGUUGCAGACAGGUGGUGCCUGUUUUCAAGCAUCAAUGCUGGAGGCUGAAUGUGUGAAGCUGCCUUUGGCCAUUUUUCAUUGCCAAUGGUUGAAUUUGGAUAGGCAUUCACGCUCGCUGUUAACCUUUUUUAUGCAACGCGCUCAAGUAAAUGUCUGUUUUACUGCAAUUAAAUUGUUUCAAAUCAAUUUGAGAACAAAUCUUUCGUUGGCAAAAUUUUCAUUUACAUUGUAUACAUUUAUGAAUGAAAUGGGCUUUGGCGGGGAUACUAACGAAAAAAUCUCCUAGAAAUGGAGCAACCUGACCAACUGGAGCUUCACUUUCGAAAUAACGGUUAAAAAUUUAACAAACUGGCCAUGCGAAGCGAAAUAUUUAUAUAUUAUUUUUAUUUUUAUGCGCAAAUAUUGUAGACUAAAAUAGUGUGCGCUAGGUGUUAAACAACUAUAAUAAAGUAGUAAUGGGAAUGACUGAAUUAAAAAUCUCAGCUUUCAUUAAAUAACAGUAAAAGUAACAGUAAGUAAUUUUAUACCAGCCAAUACCAAUUUGCCAGCUGCUUUUCAUUUCGAAUUAUUCAUGUUUUAUACCCCUUAUUUGAGAGCUUCAAUAUGUUUAGAUCUUAACCCUAGAGAAGGCGCGCUUCUCAUGACAUCUAUAGUGUUAGAAGUUUAAAUUUGAACUAAAUACCAUUAUUGAACCUUCAGAUAUAUAUUUAUGGAAAUAACCGGUUUUUUUUUAUCUUGCCAAUGGAAGUGAGCCACUCCACUUUUCAUUAUGUUUCACAUUCCGUUUCGGAAAUUCGGUAGAUUUUAUUAUGAUUCAGCAGUGAAUCGCAGACGGAUACUCGGCGCGUGAGAUCUCUUUUCCCUAACUCAUAUGGCACCAAUA